GAGAUGGCCGAGUACAGCAGCCUGCUGGACAAGCUCGCCGAGAGCAUCACCAACGAAGACCUGGACCAGCUGAAGUCAGCGUGCAAAGAGGACAUCCCCAGCAAGAAGCACGAGGAGAUCGCCACCAGCAAAGACUGGUUCAGCUUUCUAGAGAAGCACAAGAAGUUAGACAAAGACAACCUCUCCUACAUCGAGCACAUCUUCGAGAUCUCGCGCCGCCCCGACUUGCUCACCAUGGUGGUCGAGUACCGCACCCAAGUGCUGAAGAUCUCCGAGGAGGACGACGUGGACACCAAGCUGACACGCAUCCCCAGCGCCAAGAAGUACAAAGACAUAAUCCGGCAGCCCUCUGAAGAAGAGAUCAUCAAGCUGGCACCGCCACCCAAAAAAGCUUAAAGUAGGGAGGAAAAGGAGGAGGCGGAGGAGGAGGAGAAGGGCUCAGGUCCAAGGACAGCCACCACUGCCCCCCACCCCUGCUUCCCCCCCCCCCCCCGUAGCUGUUCCUCUUUCCUGUCUUGUGGGGGGGGCAGCCUGGGCCACGUGCAGCGCCUCAGUCCCGGCCCGGCUGCCACCCCACUGUCCCCACACAUGUUCCGCCCCCUCGGCCGCCACGGAUGCAGCACCCCCUUGGGGACUCGUGGGACACGUGUGGGGGGCUUGCCAGCCCCCUGGAGAGGCGGCUGCCCCCAGCCGAGCGAGCACCCAGCGUCAGAGCCGUGAUCUGUUCAGGGAGUGGGGAGGGAGGGCAGUGGACGUGGA